AUGAACUAAAACCCAAUCAGCCUACGACACAUCAGCACCAACUGAAAGGAGAGAAGAAAAAAGAAAGAAGAAAGAAGAAGAAUCUUCCUCUUCGUCUCGAUCGGGACGCGGCUCUCGAACGAACCCCGGCGGCAGCUGAGAGGAGGAACUCCCGGGCGGCGGCGAUGGGGGACGCGGCGGCGGAGGUGAGCACCGGCAGCGGCGGGGCGGGGGCAGCAGAUCCGCAGAGGCUGAAGCGGAUCGGGGCGGCGGCGUACGACUACGAGAACGACUCGCGGUGGGCCGGGUACUGGUCGAACGUCCUCGUGCCGCCCCACCUCGCCUCCCGCCCGGACGUCGUCGACCACUUCAAGCGCAAGUUCUACCAGCGCCACAUCGAUCCUGAUUUGAUUGUUGAGCCAAUGUCUUCCACAAGUUCAACUCAGUCCACCAAACCGGCAGCAAGGUCUUCAGCAACACCAUCCAGUGAGAAUGUUAGAGCUCGUGACUCAGGAUCAAGUGCAAGAUCAACUACUGCCUCCCAACCAUCACAACCGGAAAGGACUGCAAAUUCUUUACGGUUGGAUGGGCGGACUAUGCAUUUCUCUAUCAAUGCCUGGAUAUUGGUUGUUUCUAGUCUUGGAAUACUGCCAAUUCUACCGAAACAUAUUGCAAGCAAGGCAUAUAGACUUUCAUUGCUAGGAACAAUUUGCUCCUCAGCAUAUUCUCUUUAUGUCACUUACGGGAAACCAAGAGCAUGGAACAUGGCUGCAGUUCAGCCUUGGUUGCAAUCUAUAAUUGUAGCUAAGGACUUUGUUCAUUUGAUGUUCUCUCUUAUGAUGUUCACAUCUAAUGUGCACUAUAAGAUUGCUCUUCUUCCUGUGCUUUGCUGGGCACUUGAUCAUGUUGCAAGAUUCCUAAGGCGUAACUUGUCACACUCCUCUUUAUACAGGAGGUAUUUGGAGGAGCCUUGUCUUUGGGUAGAGACAAAUAACACGACAGUCAGCCUCCUUUGUUCAAAUGCUGAAAUUACUCUCGGUUUCCUUAUGAUCGUAUCCCUUUUCUCGUGGAGACGCAACAUAAUUCAGACUUUCAUGUACUUCCAUCUAUUGAAGCUGAUGUACCAUGCACCAGUAACAUCUGGCUAUCAUCAGAGCGCAUGGGCGAGAAUAGGCCGGGCUGUGAACCCCUACAUCCAUGGUUACGCACCAUUCCUCAAUACACCCAUUUCAGCUGUUCAAAGAUGGUGGUUGAGGUAGGAAGUAUGGAUCUGGCAUAGCCUUUCUAUAGAAAGAAAAGGUCCACCGCACGGAGCUUUUCCGUUACAUUUUUUAGAAGGUACUCAACACGUCGAUUGCAUUUUACUAUUGUUAUGCACAGCUGUAUGCUUCACUUGUUACGCGCGCAGCUGUAUUUUCGCUUUCGGCCAUAGCGCCAUAUAAAUUUCUGCAAGCUGUAUAGCUCCUGUGUGCAGUUACGAUGAUUUUUCAGAAUUACUGGGGACAGUUGUUAUAAUCAAGAACUGAAUGGUAAACAUAGAAAGAAGCUUGGCCGGCAUUUUCCUUGAUC